GAACAUCAAUAACUUCUCGCCUCGAAGCUCGGUUCGAAAAAAAGAAAAGUGAGGUAAAAACAAAGCUCGCUGCUGUUACAGCUGUAGCAUUAACAACAGACUGUUGGACGGUCUCACAACAGAAAGUUACAUCACAGUUACCUGCCACUACACCGACGAAAACUGGCUGUUAAAAUCUGCAAUCCUGAUUACGACGAGCAUGUCUGACAGACACACCGCCGACAACUUGGCUGAGAAGCUGAAUUAUAUAGUGGAGACUUGGGGACUUUCCGGGCGCGUUACAGCAUGUGUCCACGACAAUGCUAGGAAUAUUGUCCAAGCGAACAAUCCUACACGAGUCAGCUGGAAAUCAGUAGCGUGUUUUGCGCACACCCUGAAUCUCGCUGUCAAUGAUGGUUUUGCUUCUGCUGGGGUAGACAGAGCAAUCGCGGCAGCGGGAAGGUUGGUCAAACAUUUCCACCACAGCACAAUCGCAACCAAAGCCCUGGAAGAAAAGCAACACCAAAUGUCGCUUCCUCCGCAUCGCCUCAUUCAAUCCUGUAAAACCAGGUGGAAUUCAGUGUGCGACAUGUUUGAGCGCCUGGUUGAACAGCGAUGGGCUGUGUCAGCCGUGCUAUCAGACCGAUCCGUGACAAAACUGGCAGAUGCGAGGACGCUGGAGUUGAGAGACGACUACUGGCAGCUAAUGGAAGAUAUGGCACCCGUGUUGGGAACAUUGAAGUGUGCAACUACGGUGAUGUUUGCGGAGUCGGAGGUGUCAAUCUCAAACACGUACCCCAUCACGUUCAGUCUAAUCAACACUCACCUCAGCGCUUCAGACGAGGACAGCCCCAAAGUCGCAGACUUCAAGGAAAAAGUGCGAGAUUCGCUGGGCGAGCGCAUGAAGAUUCAGUCUGAUGACCUCAACACAUCCACCCCUAUGAUCGGAACAAUGCUUGACCCUCGUCACAAACACCUGGGAUUUCUUCCUCCAGCUACCAGGAAGUCAGCUCAUUCCACGCUGCUUCAAAUGGCUACAGCCGAACGCGACAGCAUCACUGCAGGUGCCGCCACCGCUGGAGACGACGGUAACACUGUCCAUACAGCAGGGCCUCGGCGACAUGGGGCUAAGCCUACAUCUGCUAUGAGUUUACUUCUGGGUGAAACCUAUUCCGAUGCCCGUAAAGUGACCCUGUGA